AUGUGCUUCCAUGUAGUUGGGAUUACAUGCCAUCAUGUUGCUCGUCGAGGCUUGAAUGAGCAAGGGGACUGCGGUAAGCUGGGUGCCAAAGUCAUUGGGCCUUCUCAUGAUUCUGAAUCGCUAACUAUCAAAUCGAAAUAUAGUACACCGCAAGCGGCAUUGAUCGAUAUCGAAACGAUUGAAACCCAGCUUUCAAGCGAACUUUCUCGGUCUCUGCCUCCCAAUAUUCCUGCUCCGCUUCUUGUUAAGAGUCAGAGGACACAAGAACUCGCUACCAAGCUGGGACAAGUCAAGGGAAAUGUGUGA